AUGUACACCGCAAUCCCUCUUACGGCCGUUGCUCCUCCCCGCCCCAGCCGCGAUGUACUGGAUUUCUUUCCGGUACUGUUGCCAUUUGUGACCCGCGAUGAAUGGCUCGAGAGACGCGCCGAGGAACUAUCAAUCGAAAAGAUCGACGCCGAUGAGAAACGCGUAGCGGCAGAAGAGAAACUUGCAGAGAUGACUCUGAAGAUCGACAAAGAAAGAGAAGAACUCAGAGAAGCGCGAAGGAUGCAGGCGACGCAGCUUCAGGUCAAAGACGAGGCAAUAUCUGAAAGAGAGGCCAAUCUGGCGCGACAAGAAGAAGAAGCCAAGGAACGUGGAUCAAGGCCGAGAUGGAUUCCACAUAACAACGGACCAGACUCAGAUCUCUACGAUGCUGUUUGGGCUUUGGGCGACAAAACGGAUAAGGCUAUGCGUGAUAUGAGAAACUUGGUGGCAGGGAAGAAUCGUGCCGAGCAGGCUUUCUCGAGGUGGGAGAAGACAUUCUGCCAGCAGAGUAUCAAGCUUGUUCAGCUCGACGAACGUUUGAGGAGUAAGCAAGACAAACAGAACCAGGAGAUCAAAGAGCAGGAAGCUAUGCUUGAAGCACGCGAAGGCGUAGUCACAGACACAGAGUCCAGACUGAAUAUGGCAAAGGAGUCCCUGGAGAAUGAUCGACAAGCCUUUUCUCUUGAACAAAGCCAAUGGCGAGAUGGACGUGCUAGGAAUCUCGAAGGCACCGACCUUGAAGUUGUACAACAGCUCUGGUUGCAGGCGAAAGAGGAGCAGAUCAUACCUGCACUUAGGGCUGAAGCGAGAAGCCUGGCAACCAUCGAAGUCGAAAAUCAACUGGAGCCAGUGCACCGAGCUGCAUGUGCGGAAGCAAAGAGCGAGGGCCAUACAGAAGGUAUGGCGGAGGCGUUGCAGGUUCUAGAAGAGCGGGAGCGAGCGGCGCACGAGGCGGGCUCGGCCAGCGGUCGUGAUGCUGGUAGAAUCGAAGGCCAUGGGACUGGUCGAUGUGAGGGAUAUGCUAUGGGCAGGUCUGAAGGCUCUAGAGAUGGAUAUGAGACUGGAAAAAACGAGGGCCGUGAGACUGGUCGAUCUGAAGGACACACCGCGGGCAGGGUUGAAGGAAGCACAGUAGCACAGCCUGUGCGAGAUGACUGCUACUAUCGGGGAUUCCACACAAGCAUGCUUGUAAUGGAAAAGCGAAAUCCUGGUAGGUACCAGCGUGAUCGCGACGGAAGAGAGCACCCAAAUCCGUCCCACGCGUACUGGAUUGGCAGGGCAGUAGCUCGAAACAUCAAACGACAUAACAGGUGA